GGCAUGAUUGUGUCACAAUUGAGCUAAUCUCUAGAGACAAUAUGGAUGUAACAGAUGAGAUCCAUCGCUAUCUUAAUGCCCGAUAUGUGUCAGCAUCAGAAGCUUCUUGGAGGAUCUUUCAUUAUCGCCUGCAUAAUGAGAAACCGGACAUUCAGCGACUCCAAAUACACCUUCCAGAUCAGCAGAUAGUUACGUUUUCAGACGAUCAACCUCUUCAAUCGGUAUUGCAACAGGACAAUAUUCGUAAAACAAUGCUAACUGAAUGGUUCACAGCGAAUGCAACACAUCUGGAUGCUAGAGAGCUAACCUAUGGGAACUUUCCAACAAAGUGGGUAUGGAACAAGAAGAAGAGGCUAUGGACACCUAGAAAACGUGAUGAUAUUCUUAUACAAGCCUGUCAUGAUAUUAAUAAUUACACUCUGGAAUUAAGCAACGAAGACUUACAGAAUAAGGCAUUAUAUCAUCUACAAUCAAUUCUUUGUCAGAAUGGCAAGAAUCUUACAAAUUUUCCACAUAUGCCCACUCCAACUAUAAAUCCAAUAGCAUUUUGUGAUAACUACCUUAUUCAAGAAGAGUUGCAAUAUGAUAUGCUUACAUUUGCUCGGCAAGCUAAUAGUAACAAAUCACAACUAAACUCUGAUCAACUUGCUACAAAUAUACGCCUACUUCAAAAUGCGAAAGCUCCAGAUGCUACUGCUCAACAAGACUUUGCUAAUUGGCUAUUGCAGCUUGGAGAGGGAUGUAUUCUGAUGGUUAAUAAAGGAGAAAACAUAAUCAAGCUACCUAUGGAUAUUGUUUUACCAUCUCAGAAUAUUCAAGACCUAAUUAACUUUGUAUACACUGACCUUGCUGCUCUAUAUACAGUAAUAAUUUUGACUAUCUGUGCAGAUUCACUUUGUGAAAAAGCUGAUAACAAUCAGGUUCAUCUUUAUCCAAUUGAAUUUCUAAAUUCUGUGAAUAUGGGAAAUCUGCCUGCUCACAAGCUCUUUUUCAAAGUUGGUACUCCUAUUAUGUUAAUGCGCAACUUAAAUGCUGUUGAAG